CUCCAUUUUAUGGUGAAUUGUUGAUUGUUGUUGUUCCAAGGUUGCUCCUUGAUGAUUGUGUAUGCCUCUAGUGUUUACUAGAGAGGAGAACUUGUUGUACCCACUUAAUUCUUGGUGAUUAGUGGAAGUUUGGGAGCCGUUGUUGAGCGGCCGUGGUUUUCUCCCCGAUUUAGGGUUUCCACGUAAAUCGUGUGUCAUCUACUUUAUUAUCGCUGCCAUUUAUUUGUGUGUGUGCUGCUGAUUUUUUCAGAGUUUAUUGUGCUUGUUAUUCAUCUCAUUAAUUUGGGGAAAAGAUUUUAUACGCUUCCGUUGUGUUUUGUUCCGUGCUUCCCCAACAAAGUGGUAUCAGAGCUUGAUUAUUUUUUGGUUGGCUUCUUGUGUAGUUUAUGAUGGAUGACAAAGUAAUUGUUCAAGGAAUGGUUAGUUUGGACUCUACGAAUUAUUCAAUUUGGAAAAUUCGUAUUGAGGAUUAUUUAUGCUCUAAAGAUUUGCUUGACCCAAUUUUGUAUAAAGAACAUCCAACAGGUGUUGAUGAGAAAGCUUGGACUACCUUGAACCAGAAAGCUAUUGCAUCAAUCCGACAAUAUGAUUCUUUAAGUGUGUUGCAACAUGUUGCUAAUGAAACUAAUGCUUUUGAGAUGUGGAAGAAACUUGAAUCCAUGUACGAGAGGAACAAUGCUAUGGGAAAAGCUUCUUUGAUUAAGAAGCUUGUUAAAUUGCAAUACAAAGAUGGUGAUAGCAUUGUGGUUCACAUGAAUGAGUUUCAAGGUGUGGUAAACCAACUAGCCGGAAUGAAGAUGAAAUUGGAGGAUGAACUUCAAGCUUUGUUGUUGCUUUCCUCAUUGCCCGAUAGUUGGGAUACAUUGGUGGUUUCACUUAGCAACUCUGCUCCGGAUGGAAAGAUGACUAUGGAGAUGGUCAAGGCUAGUCUUUGUUGGAACACACUUUGUACGUUAAACUAAAGUCGUGUUCAUUUCUGACAGGUUUUGAUAAUUGCCAAACCGCCGUGGAUAUGAAGAGUUUCGUUGAAUAACUCAAGGCGUGAAGAAUGGCUUGGAACAAGACCUAAAAGACUCAAGGACAAGAUCAAGAAUUGAAGACUUAGUCGAGUCGGUCUUUUGUGAUCAAAACCGACAAUUUAUUCAAGUCUCGGUUCUCAAAAAGUCAAAACAAUUUUUACAAACCAUAAAACAUUUUUUUGUGCAUAAAAACAAACAUUUUUG